UUUCAUCUCAUGUUUUUUCUACAGUAGCGUAGUGGUCGAUUUUUGCAGCCUCUAUUUUCCUGUGCGGUGGACAGCCGAGUUUCUCACCGAAUUGGGCAGUGUGCAUUGUAGGAAAUAUUGUGCGGUUUGGUGCAGGUUCAAGUCGGCAGGCUUACACGUGCAGUGGUGUGGUUAGCAGCGUGCAAUUGUAGCGAAAACCGAUCGGUGGUUGAGAAAUUUCCAGCAACUCUCGAAAACUCAUCGACACCUCCCCGUCAUUGCGUCGAUAUCGUGUGCGCGCUGUGCAGUAGACUCCCUUCCCGUGCGAGCAGUUAAAUUACUAGUCCAGCAAAAGGCCAUCGUGUAACGCACCGUCAUCAUGGAUGAGGAAUACGACGCGAUCGUGCUUGGAACCGGCCUGAAGGAGUGCAUCCUCAGCGGAAUGCUGUCGGUUUCGGGCAAGAAAGUGUUGCACAUCGACCGCAAUAAGUAUUACGGUGGCGAAUCGGCCUCGAUUACGCCCCUCGAGGAUCUGUUCUCGCGGUUCGCCGUGGAUCUGCCGGAAGGAAAGUAUGGCCGCGGUCGGGACUGGAACGUCGACCUGAUUCCGAAAUUCCUGAUGGCCAACGGGCUGCUGGUGAAGCUCCUGAUACACACGGGUGUGACCCGUUACUUGGAGUUCAAGUCGGUGGAGGGAAGCUACGUCUACAAAGGUGGCAAAAUCUCCAAAGUUCCGGUCGACCAAAAGGAGGCGCUGGCAUCCGAUCUGAUGGGGCUGUUUGAAAAACGCCGCUUCCGCAACUUCCUGAUCUACGUGCAGGACUUUGUCGCUGACGAUCCGAAAACGUGGAAGGACUUCGAUCCAUCCACCAAGGACAUGCAAGCCUUGUACGAAAAGUUCGGACUGGAGAAGAGCACCCAAGAUUUCACCGGUCACGCCCUGGCCCUGUAUCGCGACGAUUCGUAUCUGACCGAGCCGGCUAUCAAAACGAUCAAUCGCAUCAAGCUGUAUUCGGACUCGCUGGCUCGUUACGGCAAGUCGCCGUAUCUGUAUCCGAUGUACGGUUUGGGUGAGCUGCCCCAGGGCUUUGCCCGGCUGUCGGCCAUAUACGGCGGUACGUACAUGCUGGACAAGCCGAUCGACGAGAUCGUGUACGACGCUAGCGGCAAGGUGGUCGGCGUACGUUCUGGUGAAGAGGUGGCCAAAUGCAAACAGGUCUACUGUGAUCCCACCUAUGUACCGAACAAGGUACGCAUCACGGGAAAGGUUAUUCGCUGCAUUUGUUUGCUGGAUCACCCGAUCCCGAACACGAAGGAUGCCCUUUCGACUCAGAUCAUCAUUCCACAGAUGCAGGUCGACCGCAAAUCGGAUAUUUACGUAUCACUCAUCAGCUCGACACAUCAGGUUUCGGCCAAGGGUUGGUUCAUUGCCAUGGUGUCCACCACGGUGGAAACCGGCAAUCCCGAGGCGGAGAUUAAGCCCGGUCUCGAUCUGCUCGGCCCGAUCGCACAAAAGUUCUUGUCCAUCACGGACUACUACGAACCGACCGAUGACGGUCUGCAGUCACAGGUGUUCAUCUCGCAGUCGUACGAUGCAACUACGCACUUCGAGACGACCUGUCUGGACGUGCUGGACAUUUUCAAGCGCGGCACCGGGGAGGACUUUGACUUUUCCAAAAUCAAGCAGGAACUUGGUGACGAGGAGCAGUAAACAGGUUGCAGCCAGGUCAGGAAGGAGGAGGAAGCAUGGUCAGAAAGCAUACAACCAUAGUCUGAGCGGAAAGAAAAGCGCUUCGGUUGCGUUCUGAAGUGAAAAUGGAUGAUGCGGGCGGAAGGCCAAUAGAUAUCAUCAUCUACCCUAUCAUUUAUCAAUCAUUAUUCCAAGUAGGGCUUUUUGUAAUCUUUAUUUGUUAAAUUGUGCUUCGAACCAUCAUCAGUAAAACGCCGAACGUACAGCGGCCGGAAAGUGAGCAACAGCUUCCGUGCUGAGUGUAAAGCAGAUGCGUGAUGUGAAAUCUACAAUAACUUUAAUUCGUUUGCGCUCCUCAAACGAUUCUAAAUGUGUUUCACCUUCCUUCAUCCAACUUCCCGACAGUUGAAAAACAAAAGAUCUAUAUGCGCAUUUGGGAUAUCAAAGGAAUCGCAAUGAAACAGAGUCGGUAUCAUCUUCUUGCGAAGGACUAGCGCAGAAGACGUGAAUGGGCACAUCGACAUCGUGGAUAAAUGCGUUCGAUCGUAGUUGUUCGGAGGCGUAAGCAUUACUCUAUUAUACAUUAUCUCUUAUUGUGAAUGAUGAAUAAUCAAUAACAAAAACCAGCCAAAAAAUACUAAGAAAACUAAAACGUGCGAAAUGUUCCAAUCCCGAUUCUAAAUCUGCUCCGCCAUCGUCUGCUUCUCUGGCCUGAGGGGAAGCGUUAAGCAAGAAUGAAAGAAAUGUUCACAUCGAAUUGGUACGGCUCUGCUAACGCGCCAGAGAUUAUUUUCCUGUGAGAAGAAACCUUUAAUUCCUUUAGUUCAUCUAUCUGCUACUUUGCUAAGCAAGGGUGGACCUGUCUCGGUUUGCCCAAGAUCGAGUCGCUGAUGUACGUACGUUUCGGUAUGCAUGAAUGCUGUAAGCAGUCAGUCGUCCCUUUAACCAACGAGAUGGCUAAUGCAAAUAAAUUGUCAAUACUUUUGUACAACGCCUGUCCCUGGACAACACGGUUCAACCAGGCCUUUCUGGUGAUAACCUUGAAUCGGUCAAAGUCAAACGGUAUAGUUGCUUAAGAGUCAAUGAACAAAAACAAAAGAGAGAAAGAGAAACAAAAAAAGGCGAUGCAUGCAGUUUUGCGAAACUGAAAGCGUUUUUUAUUAUGUUGAUGAUCGAUUUGAGAAGAAUGGAAAUACUAACUGUUGCUAAAGCUAAUUACGAUGAAAAUGUAUGUAACAACGAGUAGUGAACCGUAUGUGUUAUUAGAAAUCAACAUGUGAACGUCAACAUCAUCAAAAGAGUUAAACUACCAAUUCAAUAUCUGCGCGUGCUGUGCCCUACUGUCAGAAAAACGGGAAGGCUUAACAAAAUGGCAUUAGAAAGCGUUUCACGAGCAUUCCUCCACCACGCCAUUUAAACUGCAAAUUCACAAACAUAAAAAAGAAAACAAAAAAUUAAAAGAACUGCGUAGCACGCACGCAUCAUGAGUGUAUCUGCAAUAAUUCCGAGAGCUAAACAUGUAACAUCACUCUGCAAUAGUGAAAGGAUGCUGAACCCUAGUGUCCGCUUGUAACUUGCAUGGCGUGGCAUAAAUGGCGAUAUCGAAAUAAACGAUGUACCACAGAUUA